CCGGCUGCCUCCACCGCCAAGCCGGCGGCGGCAGCGACGACGGCGGAGGCCCCCGGCAAGGCCUCUGGGAACCCGACAUCUUCCUCCGGUGGCGGCAACGCCGGCGAUGCAGACACCGAGGGCGGCCAGGGCCCGCGCGUCGACAGCGCCUCGCUAGUCAAGAAGCUGCUGGCGUCGAAAGCGGCCGCCGAAGCCAAGGCCCCGGCUGCCGGGGGCGGCGCGAGUGGGACCGGCGCCAAGACUGAGGCUGCGGGGGCGGCGGCUGCGGCCAAGGCAGCCACGGGCGCCGUCAAGACCAGCCACAUGGGCGUGCCCGCGGCGCGCAAAGCGGGAUCGGAGAAGCAAGGCUCGGUGAAACAAGAAGGCAGCAAGAGCAACAGCAACAGCGACAUCAAGUCGGCCAGCAGCAGCAACGGUGCCAUCACCACGAGCGAACGUCUGGUGCAGGAAGGGCCCGAUGCAGAGACACUCAGCGCCAACAAGCUCAUGACCGCCAAAGGGCCGGCGGCGGGCCAGCCGGCGUCGGUGAUCGGCGGCCCCCAGAAGGCCAGCCUGCAGCCGCCACGGACCACCACCGACGCCAGCGCCGCCCCCGCCGGCGGACGGCUGCGGCGCUUCUUCUGCGCGCCCUGGGACAAGGUCGCCUGCUGCGCCGGCAGGAAAAAAGAGGGUCGCGCCGCCGGAAGGCCGGCGGCCGGCGGGGUCGACGGCGGGUGUCGCGGUCGGUGCCGGCGCUUCUGCCGCUCGCUGCUGUGCCUGGACGCGGUCUGCUGCCAGCCGGGCUCGCGCUGCCGCUGCUGCUGCUGCGCCCCCAAGCAGCCGCAGCGCGGCCGCCUCGAGCACCGCAAGAGCACCUCGCAGCUCUCCAAGAAGACCAGCAGCGUCGGCGACGCCCACGAGCUGGACACGGGCCCCAAGAUCGACCCCUCGCUGGUGGAGCACACGUCACUCAUGCGCGCAGCCAUCCCCAUCCUGCCCGUGCCGCUCGCCUGGUUCUGCCUCGUCUGCAAUGUCAUCAUACCUGGUCUGGGCACUAUGAGCAGCGGGCUGUUCUGCCUGUGCUUCGGCAAGCCGCGCUUCUCGGUGCGCGACGACCCGCAGGCGCGCGUCGGCGCCUGCUGCGUGGACCUGGUGAUCGCCGUGGGCCAGCUCUUCACCGUCGUCUUCUGCCUCGUCGGCUGGGGCUGGAGCAUCUGGUGGGGGCUCAUCAUGCUGCGCCUCGCACGAAAGAACCGGCGGUUAGAGGCUCAGGCGGUGCAGCAGGAGCAAGGAGCAGCGAACGUGGCGCCAGCUGCCGCUGUGGCGGCGGCGGCCGCGGCCGCUCGUCAAAACCACGACGUGGAGCGCGCUCGGCGCUAGCCACCCGAUUCUGCCUCACGUCACUUCGCAAACACUCAGACAUUAUUUUUGUACUACAGAAUUACUAUAAAAGUAGCAACACGCACAACGACAAAUUUUGUAACCACACAAAUUCAUUUGAAAAUAUG